AUGAUGGAAAGUUCGAUAAUUUAUUGCAUUUCAUUUGUAGAAACAGUAGCUGAAAUAUCGAAAUCCUAAAUAAGAAAGCUCUAAAUUUGAAACAUUUCAAGUUUCCAAGUUUCAGAGUUCUGAAGUCUUAGAGUUAUAAGUAGACCGUGAAUAUUUUUAGACAAAUUUAUAAUUUUAUGAAUGUAAUUAAAAAGAAAUCUAAUAUCAGAGUAAUUGAACGAAAUAAUCAUUACAUUAUUAUUAUUAUUAUAUAUUAAUACAUUACAGAAUAUAGAAUAGUAGAUUCUAAGGAAUGGAAAAUUACUUCUAAAUAUUACAGAGUAUUACUUCGAAUAUUUUCCCUAUUUUCAUUCCAUUUUACGUAUUUUGCAUAUCGUGCAUCAUAUUCACGUAUUUUGCAUAUAUUUGCAUAGCAAAUUAAUGAUUAAUGCUUUAUAGUCAUAACCAGUCUCUCUGUUUUUUCUUGAUUUUCUGUUUGACGAUCGAGUGACGACAAUUCUGUUCUCCGUUUUUUAUAUCAAUUUCAUAUGCAAAAUGUCAUCUAAUUAUUUAGUCAUGUAUAGAGUGCAUAGAGCACACGUGUCUUUAGCAAAAUGCGUUCGUCGAUCGAUUCCGAGUAUCGCUGUGUUUGAAAGUAAUUGAAAUUCAGUUAUCAGGCUGUGCAUGUUGGUACCAGCAUAGCGAUUCAUAUUUUACGAACGGUAUGUCAGCGUUUCCUGUCGAUACUCCUUAAGCAAUGAAAUGAAAUUUUAAACUCGAAACAGUUUCCAACAAAUGGUAUAUACAAGUUGAAGUGUAUAUACUGCCUCAUCAUCAGAUCGAUUUCACUACGUUUCUCGAUUAAAGAUUUUUCGCAGUCGUUCACGAUCGUCAUCGGUAUUUCUGAUAUCACGAACAGUAGUUCCUCACAAUUAUCAUCGUGAUAAUUCGCGAGAAAUAGAUAAGAUUAAUUUCAAUGAACAGUAAUCUUUAAUUUUAUGUGCCAUCCCGAAUGAUGUAAUGUGAACUUAUACGGGAAUAGUUUUAAUCUGUAAACACACUUUAUUGAGCUAUAAUAAUUGAUUGAUUAUACGAAAUCUCGUUGUCAGAGAAAGAUAAAAUAUGUAUGAGAAGGAGGGCAAUUAGAUUUACUUAAUAAAACAUUUUCUUUUUCUUUCUACGAUUAUGUAAAGAAAAAUAACGAAGCGUGAAAAUUAAUUUUCUAAUCUAUUUAAUUUUUUACCCGAGAUGAUGCAAUGUAAAUGAAUCUUAUUGAGUUUAAUAAUUAGCUGGCAAUGUCAGACAAUGAGAGGAAUAUAAAAUGAAAUGAUUGUUAAUUUUAUCGAAUCUUUUAGUACAUAUUUAAAAAUACAUAUUUCUAGAUAUCCAUUCUGGAGAAAAAUGUUUGUUUUUGUUCUUUGAAAACACACACAGGUAGUAAAACAUUUUGAUGUUCCUUUCCUUUUAUAUUAUUUAUCAUAAUCGCACACAUUGAUGCAAGUAGAGAACUUGUAUGAAGUCUAUGAGCACUUAAUAAUAAUAAUGAUGUAUGGAAACUCCAACGUUACAUAAUUAAUGUAUAAUUAUAAAUACAAGAAUAAAUACUUGAUACCACGGUUUGAAUGUUCGAAUAGACAAGUUAUUUAUUGCAAAUAAUUAUCUUUUCAGCAAUUUGACAUAUGUAUAUCUAUCAGUCAACAACAAUUUAUCGAGCUUAUUAUAAUUGUUUAUGUAGUGAUUAAUACAUUACUGUUAUGUAUUGAACUUCCUAACGCUCUAUCAUAUAUUGUCGUAUCGUAUAAAAACAGUUAUUAUUUGCAACGAUGCUAAAUUGUAACAAUAUUAUCAUGGAACGAUAAUAUUGAAAUAAAGUUUGCGUGUGAUACAAUUCAUCGUGAUAGAAUAUUAUUAACUCUGCUGCUGCUUUCUGCCGAUCAUUUUUUCUAAAAUUAAAUAUGUUGAAAUUUGAACAAAAUAUGAGAAAGUAUUAGUAUAUACGAUUUUUCGAUUAAAUUUCAUGUUAAACGUCUUGAAGCAUUAUAAACUGAGCGUGCGAUUGAAGCACAACAGGAUUACAUUUCAAAGUUAUAAUUUAUUAUAAAUUAAUUUAAUAUUAAACAGUUGUUGUUCAUCUCACGAAAGAAACAAGCAACUUCUGUUUCAGAGAUGAAUAUGAUGCGUCCAGAGAUGCAUUUGAGACGAACGAUUAGUCCACAAGCUGAAGAAAUGUUCUAA